UUCAUCGCUUGCAACCUUCUUCCUCCCGGCCACCGUAGAACCUCCAACAAACACACGUGGUGUAAUCAAAACAUCAUGGCGGCCGGCUUCAAAGUUGCUGAGCCUCUGGAGUACCACAGGAGCUUUCUCAAAGAAAACUGUCGUCCAGAUGGACGCGAGCUGUCAGAGUUCAGAACCACGACUGUAAACAUAGGGUCCAUAUCCACAGCAGAUGGCUCAGCCCUGGUGAAGGUUGGAAACACGACAGUCAUCUGUGGCAUCAAGGCGGAGCUGACGACCCCGGCAGUGGAGGCACCUGGUAAAGGCUACAUAGUGCCCAACGUGGACCUGCCUCCGCUGUGUUCCUCCCGGUUUCGGCCCGGCCCGCCGGGAGAACAGGCACAGGCUGCCAGCCAGUUUGUAGCCGAUGUAAUUGAAAGCUCUGAGUUGAUGCAAACGGAGGACUUGUGCAUCGAAAGAGGAAAGCUCUGCUGGGUGCUCUACUGUGACAUGAUGUGUCUGGAUUACGAUGGGAACGUGCUGGACGCUUGCAUCAUUGCCCUGCUGGCUGCCCUGAAGAACACACAGCUCCCAGAGGUCACCAUCAGCAAAGAGACGAGUUUACCAGAGGUUAACUUUGAAGAGAGACGAGGGCUGAAUAUUCGCAAACAUCCAGUCGGCACCUCAUUUUGCGUCUUUGAUGACUCCAUACUGAUCAUCGACCCCACAGCUGAUGAGGAGAGUCUGUCAACCGCUCACCUCACUGUGGUGACAGAUGAUGAAGAUCGACUCUGCAUUGUACAUAAACCAGGUGGGACACCGCUGUCGGGAGAGAAGCUUCAGGAGUGCAUCAACAGAGCCACAACGAGACAGAGAGAGAUCCAAAAACUCAUUGACAAAGUCGUGCGCAGUGUGAAGGCAGCAAAAUAAAGAGCCUCAGACAAUAAUUUUUGUUUAUCUAAAAGCUGUAUUUUCCACUGUCAAUAUAUAUUCUUUUUUUU